AUGGAAGGCAGCUUAUGGAUGGCACUAUUGGAUGAGGACCAAGAAGUUGGGAAUGGAAGUGAGGCAAUCCAAGCUAUGUCAAGCCUACAGGCGGAGCCACGGCGUGGAGCUAUAGACCUAUAUGUUGUACAGUGUGGCAAAUGCCGGAAAUGGAGGUCAAUCGAUUCAAAGGAAGAGUAUGAGGAACUGCGAAGUAGAUUUAUGGAAGAGCCAUAUUCCUGCGACAGAAAACCCGAUGUAACUUGUGAUGACCCAGCGGACCUUCAAUGUGAUGCAACAAGAACUUGGGUAAUUGACAAGCCUAAUCUUCCAAAGACUCCAGAAGGAUUCAAGAGGGAACUUAUAGUGAGAUCAGAUUACUCAAAGUUGGAUGCACAUUAUGUAACACCAACCGGAAAGAAAGUAAGGUGUCAUGGAGAAGUUGUGCAAUUCCUUGAGAAGGACCCAGAGUACAAACAUUUAAAGCUGGAAAACUUCAACUUUACUGUUCCGAAAAUACAGGAAGAUACUAUCCCUGCAGAUGCGAGAAAGAAAAGGGCAGAAUCUGCAAGCAAAAGGGAAGAUUCUGAUGGGAAGAAGAAGAAUAAGAUUACCACCAAUUAG